AUGGCGGCCACGGAGGAUGAGCGGCUUCCUGGUAGCGGUGAGGGAGAGCGACUGGAUUUCCUGCGGGACAGGCACGUGCGGUUCUUCCAGCGCUGCCUUCAGGUCUUGCCGGAGGGCUACUCUUCGCUGGAGACCAGCAGGUUGACAAUUGCAUUUUUUGCACUCUCCGGGCUGGAUAUGUUGGACUCCUUAGAUGUGGUGAACAAAGAUGAUAUAAUAGAGUGGAUUUACUCCCUUCAGGUCCUUCCCACAGAAGACAGAUCAAAUCUAAAUCGCUGUGGUUUCCGAGGCUCUUCAUACCUGGGUAUUCCGUUCAAUCCAUCAAAGAAUCCUGGAACAGCUCAUCCUUAUGAUAGUGGCCACAUAGCAAUGACCUACACUGGCCUUUCAUGUUUAGUUAUUCUUGGAGAUGACUUAAGCAGAGUAAAUAAAGAAGCUUGCUUAGCAGGCUUGAGAGCCCUUCAGCUGGAAGAUGGAAGUUUUUGUGCUGUACCUGAAGGCAGUGAAAAUGACAUGCGAUUUGUGUAUUGUGCUUCCUGUAUUUGCUAUAUGCUGAAUAACUGGUCAGGCAUGGAUAUGAAAAAGGCCAUCACCUACAUUAGAAGAAGUAUGUCCUAUGACAAUGGGCUGGCACAGGGAGCUGGACUUGAAUCUCAUGGUUUUGCAAGAGUGGGAACCCUCAAGGAAUUCAGGCAGGUAUUUGUUGGCAGCAGUGUAUAUGAGGUGGUUAGUCUCACAAUAGGAGUGGUGGCCCCAUCAGGUGAUUGGGGUUUCUUCAAGGCACUCCUG